AUGCGAAGGUUGGACGAUGCAAACCAAUCAUACGUUCCUGCGGGUAUUAUUGGGGAUAUGGAACGUGAGUUUGGUGUACGGAUUACCUAUAACAAAGCGUGGAGGGUGAAAGAGAAGGAACUUAGAUUUCUUCAUGGUACACCCGAAGAAAGUUUCCAAAAAUUGCCAUCAUAUUGUCACAUGUUAACCGAGAAAAAUCCAGGAACUAUUGCACACAUUGAACUCGAUUCGAAUAAUAGGUUCUUGUACUUCUUCUUAGCGUUCGGUCCUAGUGUACGUGAUUUUCGAGAAUACAUGAGGCCAAUAAUUUGUGUUGAUGGAAGUUAUUUGAAGGGCCAAUAUAAGGGAACACUACUAGUAGCUGCGUUGAAAGAUGUCGUUGAUGAUUCAAACCAGCUAGUGUUUAUGUUGGACAGGAAGAAGAGUAUUAAGCGAGCAAUUACGAGGUUGUUCCCACUUUCUCACCACAGUACCUGCAUCUGGCAUAUCGAGAAAAAUCUUAUUGCUAGGUAUAGCAGUAGCAAUGUCAUCUUCUUAUUCAAGCGGGCAACGCUAGCAUACCGCGUAUCAGAAUUUGAUCAGUUCAUGACACAGAUAAGAACCAUUCGACCGUCAAUGGCAUCUUACUUGGAACGUGCCGGUAUAUCCACCUGGUCACAGGCACAUUUUGUUGGUAAUCAGUACAACGUUAUGACGAAUAACAUUACGGAGUCACUGAAUUCAGUCCUAAGGCGACACAAAAGUUUCCCUAUAAUCUCGUUGAUCGAAAAUAUUACGUCAUUGAUAAAACGAUGGUUCUACGAGAGAAAAAGUGCAUCCACGAAAUGUAGUACGACUGUGACACCAAAAAUUGAUGAUGAAUUGAGAAAAUCAUUCGACGCCGGUGCAACUUUACCAGUACGAAAUUUGGAUGAACUCGUUUUUGAGAUAGGUAUAGCUACCGAACUUUGUACUACCGACCUUAUAAAUAACACAUGUUCAUGUCGAGAGUUUCAGAUGCGACAAAUCCCAUGUUCACAUGCAUCCCGAGCUGCUUGUGCAAAAGAAAAAUUAUUGUAUGAUUUGUGCUCCCCUUACUACACCACAUAA